UUGUUUGAUCAUAUAUCCACAAAGAAUAUUUACAAUUAAAUAAUAUUAAAGCUUCAACAUAGAAACAAAUGUGUUAAAUACAAGUUAUUGUUGGUCUCGUUGUAAAAUAAGUGAAGAAAAUAAUGGAAAAACCAUAUGCAGUGGUUCAUUUUUUCGAACAAAAUACAUAUUCCGAAAUUCCAAGUAAUUGGCUUAUGGCCACUGAUGAAUCAACUGGAAUAACUGAGUGCAAAUGGCCGCCCACACUCAUUAAAAAUUUUAAUUUUCAAUUUAAAAACCGAAUCACACCUGCCGAUAAUUGGAAUACUUAUAAAGUAAAGAUUGUGCGAUAUUGCGAUACAUUGAUUCAAGCAAGAAAAGCUGCCGAGGAUUCUGAAAGUUCAGCUUCUGAAGCUCCACGAGGAAAGGGACACCGAUCGAAGUUGCCUUCAGCUACGGCUGCUGCUGCUGCUACUUCUAAACAUUCUCUCACUGCAGAUAAUGUUAGCUCUGAUAAUGAAAAUGACAGAAGUGAUAAUGGUAAAAAACCAGUAAAUAGUCCAGUUAAUGAUGAAUUUUUAAUGGACGAUACUUUAGUUAGUGAUCAUAGUAAAUCUAUGACCUCUGAAUCUGAUAGUCUUAUAAUUGAUGGUGACGAUGAUAAACACAAGUUGGACUCGUGUUUAAGGCUUCUCGGCACAUUAAUGGUGGACAUGAGAGAUCUGAAGGAAAGAGUAGUAGCAAAUAAUGAUGCUAAUAAUCAUGGUGAGGUGCUGAAUGAAAUUAGGUCGAACAUAAAAAAUGAUCUACCUCUGAAUUCUAAGGAAGAAGUUUCUGCCUUUAACACAAAACUGUUAGAGUCGAAAAAUUAUUGUCAAGAAUUUGUAAAAGUCAUUAAGCAAAUUGGAGGAGCACACGGUAAAGAGUAUACUGAAAGGGUACUCAAUACAAUAUUUUCUACAUCAUUUGCAGCUGAGAACUCGUGGGAAGGAAAAAAAACCAAGUAUAAGCUUAAUGAUUUAAAAGUGGUUAAAACUUGCGAAGAGGUAAUAUUAGAAAAGUUUCCUCCGUGGAGCAGUGCGGAAUUUUCUAAAGUUGGAACAAAUUGGUUCCGAUUGGGAAAUCAAAGAGCAGGUCUUCAAAAUAAGCAGAUACAAAAACAGAAGAAACAUGAAGAUACAACGAACAAUGAUUUAGAAUAG